AUGAAGAUCUUCACGCACUCUUUCACUGUCCUCGCCCUUCUCGUUGCUGCCACCAACGGGUUGGACUUGGUUACCCAGAACGACGUAACCCAGGAGUCCCAGGCAAGUCAAGUCGGCCAGGCGAACCCCGUGCAGCAGAGCGGCGCUAGCCAGGCUGCUGACAGCUCGCCGAAGCAGUCAGGUCACGUGCAGGAAGACUCUUGCACUCUGACCGGCAACUACAUCCAAGGAACAAACGUCUCGCACUGCGAAACUAUUGUGAUCGAUUCGCUGUCGGUGCCUGCUGGCGUCACACUCGACCUGACCAACCUGUGGGGUGGUCCGCUCCUAAAGCUGAAGGGUACCAGCCUCUCCGUCACUGGUCCCGGUACGCUGGACGGCCAAGGCGUCUGGUACUGGCCUCAGGGCCAGAAGGUCACCAAGCCGGUCUUCUUCAAGCUGAACAGGGUUAGCAACUCGACUCUCUCCGGUUUUACCAUCAAGAACUCGCCCUUCCGUACGUUCAGCAUCGGCAACUCGAACUACACGACGCUCACCCGUCUCACCCUGAACUCUACGGCUGGCAACGGUGUCGCCAAGAACACGGACGGCUUCGAUUUGAGCCGAAACGACCACAUCACGAUCACGGGCAAUAAGAUCUUCAACCAGGACGACUGCCUCGCUAUGCAGUGCAGCACCAACACGCUCUUCAGCCGAAACUACUGUAGCGGUGGCCAUGGCAUUUCCAUCGGGUCGCUUGGUGGCGACAAGGUGGACGACUCUGACACUGUUACCGGUCUCUUGGUGAAGGACAACACUAUCGUCAACAGCGAUAACGGUAUCCGUAUCAAGACCAUCACAGGCUUGACCGGAUUGGUCAAGGAUAUUGCCUACCUUAACAACAAGGUUGUCAACGUCGAGAACGCCAUCGGACUACAACAGAACCAAGGGCGGACCCAGGGUCUCUCCGGUUCUGCCAUGAGCCUCUACGACAUCGUGGCGAACCCGGACGCUGUGUCCAACUGGUCCUUCACCAAAAUCGUGGUGAAUGCCACAAACCGUGGAAACUGCACGGGCGAGCCGAUCACCGUGAAGUGCUAA